AUGCGAAGAUUCUACUACGGGCCCCAGUUCGGUAUAUCAGCGGAGUCGCUUUUCUAUAUCGAAGUGGCCGUUCACGCCCCCGACCCCUUGUUCAAGAAUUCCGCUGUGCCUGUGACGAGUCUGAUGUCAAUCGAGGCGCGUAUCUAUCCUACAGCACCGAGCCUAUGCGUACGCAUCCAAGAAUUGGCGUUUGUGAAGCGGCACAAUGUGUGGGAUCUGUUUCCUGACUGCGAACCUUUGUCGAUGUGUGGGAAUAUAGGGCCUCAUCGAUUCUUGAAUGUCUUGAAAGCGCACAUCGAAAGUUACUGCUCUUCUGGACGAGCGUCGACUAGGCCAGCCGAUUAUGGGCGGUGUCCAACAUGCAAUACCUCAUACAAACUUGAGCUUCGAGAACUUGACCAGGCGAAUAUAUGCUUGGUUGUGACUCGAUGGCUUGAUCUGGGCCCGGGGCUAAACCCAAAUGAUGUUCAAUGGAAGACUCACGUUGAUUACUCGCGUGGUAUGGAUGGAGACACCCCUGACCUGAUUGAUUCCCGGCAGCGAUUCGAAGAUGACUCGAUGCAGGCCGCAGACUCAUUUUCAGAGGAGGCAGCGUAUCGUCGAAAUGUAUCCCUUCUCCAAAACCAGGAAUAUCGAAGGGUGAUGACACCAAUUACCACCCAAAGGUGGAUUAUGCGAUCCAGGGAGAAGCAGCGACACCGCUUCGGGACCUGUGUGGCUGCUUAA